CCGGAGCGGCCCCCACCCCGCGGGGAGGCGGGCGGAGGGGGAGGGGGAGCCCGCCAGCGCUCCCCCCCGUGGUGACAGUUUCUAGAAGCACGUCCCGGCGUCCUUUGCGCUCUCAACAUGGAGGAGCUGACGGUGGAAGUGCGCGGCUCUAACGGGGCCUUCUACAAGGGAUUUAUCAAAGAUGUUCAUGAGGACUCGCUCACAGUUGUAUUUGAAAACAAUUGGCAACCAGAGCGCCAAGUACCCUUUAAUGAAGUCAGAUUACCACCACCCCCUGAUAUCAAGAAAGAAAUUGGUGAAGGAGAUGAAGUGGAGGUUUAUUCUAGAGCAAAUGACCAAGAACCUUGUGGCUGGUGGCUGGCAAAAGUUCGAAUGAUGAAAGGAGAGUUUUAUGUCAUUGAAUAUGCUGCUUGUGAUGCCACUUACAACGAAAUUGUCACAUAUGAACGACUCCGACCUGUGAAUCAAAACAAAACUGUCAAAAAGAACACCUUUUUCAAGUGCACAGUGGAUGUUCCUGAAGAUCUGAGAGAUGCGUGUGCUAAUGAAAAUGCACAUAAAGAUUUCAAGAAAGCUGUGGGAGCAUGUAGAAUUUUUUAUCAUGCUGAAACUGCUCAACUAAUAAUACUGUCUGCCAGUGAAGCAACAGUGAAGAGAGUGAAUAUACUGAGUGACAUGCAUUUGCGCAGCAUUCGUACCAAACUCAUGCUAAUGUCAAGAAACGAAGAAGCUACAAAACACUUAGAAUGCACAAAACAGCUUGCUGCAGCAUUUCAUGAGGAAUUUGUAGUCAGAGAAGAUUUAAUGGGACUUGCUAUAGGAACACAUGGCAGUAACAUACAACAAGCCAGAAAGGUUCCAGGAGUUACUGCUAUUGAACUUGAGGAGGAUACUGGUACCUUCAGAAUCUAUGGAGAGACUGCUGAUGCAGUAAAAAAGGCUAGAAGUUACUUGGAAUUUGUGGAGGAUUUUAUUCAAGUUCCCAGAAAUCUUGUUGGAAAAGUUAUUGGAAAAAAUGGAAAAGUGAUUCAGGAGAUUGUAGACAAGUCUGGAGUCGUCAGGGUGAGAAUUGAAGGAGAUAAUGAAAAUAAACUGCCCCGUGAAGAUGGGAUGGUACCGUUUGUAUUUGUUGGUACUAAAGAAAGUAUUGGAAAUGUCCAAGUUCUUCUAGAAUACCACAUCGCAUAUCUAAAGGAGGUAGAACAACUAAGACUGGAAAGGCUCCAGAUUGAUGAACAAUUGCGUCAGAUCGGUAUGGGUUUCAGACCUUCUUCCGCUAGAGUUCCUGAAAAAGAAAAGGGUUAUACAACUGAUGAGAGCACCCUUUCCUCAGUGCAAGGUUCCAGAUCCUACAGUGGAAGAGGGCGAGGUCGCAGAGGCCCCAAUUACACAUCUGGUUACGGUACAAACUCUGAGCUCUCUAAUCCCUCUGAAACAGAAUCUGAGAGAAAAGAUGAACUUAGUGACUGGUCCUUGGCAGGAGAGGACGACAGAGAAAGCAGACAUCAGCGUGACAAUAGACGACGUCCUGGAGGACGAGGACGUAGUGUAUCUGGAGGUCGUGGGCGUGGUGGACCUCGUGGUGGCAAGUCAUCCAUUAGCUCUGUGCUUAAAGAUCCGGACAGCAACCCUUACAGCUUGCUUGAUAACACGGAGUCAGACCAGACUGUGGAUACCGAUGCUAGUGAAUCUCACCACAGUAGUAACCGUCGCAGGAGGUCACGCCGGCGAAGGACUGAUGAAGAUGCUGUUCUUAUGGAUGGAAUGACAGAGUCUGAUACAGCUUCUGUUAAUGAGAAUGGUUUAGAUGAUAGUGACAAAAAACCCCAGCGACGCAAUCGUAGCCGCAGGCGUCGCUUCAGGGGUCAGGCAGAAGAUAGACAGCCAGUAACAGUAGCUGAUUAUAUAUCACGAGCUGAAUCUCAAAGUAGACAGAGAAACCCUCCAAAGGAGACACUAGCCAAAACCAAGAAAGAAACGGCAAAAGACGCGAUUGAUGAAAACAGCCCUUCUGAAAAGGCAGUGAAUGGUCCGGCUACAACUUCUGGGGAUGAGCCUUCUAAACUACAGCACAGCCCUGAUGAAAAGAAAGUUACUGUUCAAGAGGAUGGAAAUAAUCAGGAAGAAGCAGUGCUGAAUGGUGUUUCAUAAACUGAAGUUCCUAGUUUACAGUUCUUUUACAUUACAUUUAAAAUAGUGCUUGUAUAAGCUUGCCAAAGAUAGAAUAUGGAUCGCCAGUCUUGACACCGCACUUUCAGUUCCUCCAUUUUGGAAUACAGAAAGGGGAGGGAUCCUGAAGAAAUCAUAUGUUAAACAUACUUUGACACCUACUGUGUUAUAAAUAUAUCAUCAGAUGUGCCUUGAGAUAGUAUAUGUAACAUUUAAAUAAACAAAAUUGCUGGCUAUA